AAUAUGAUUAUCGUCAUCAUCAUCACUUUUUAUUUCAUUUCGUGAUCGUCUUUCGUAAACGGAAAGUGCGUUGAAAAAUGUAAUAGCCUACUGUUGAAAUUACAGUAAGGUUAGACACGGUUUUAUUGUCUUGGACAGUGAAAAAAAAAUCAAUUCAAACCGGUGACCCAAUAAUUUUUCAAAAUGGUAACAGAACACACUAUAUUUUAUGGAAUAAUCAUCUUCAUGUGGAUGGAAACGAUAUGGGGUCUUUAUUUGUCCCUUCGUCAGAGACGAAUCUACAAAAAGUCAGUCGAAGUUCCAAGUGAACUAAAGGAAAUAGUAAACAAGGAAACUUUUGAAAAAGCCAGAGUCUAUGGGUUGGACCGUAAUAACUUUUCAAUGGUGAAAGAGGUGAUCGGAGGAGUGACAACAACGGGACUCCUAAUGCUGGAUGGUCUCUUCUACUUCUGGGUUCUUAGUGGUUCUAUGUUGACCUCUAUGAAUCUCGAGAAAGGAGAAAUUCUGCAAAGUGCUGCCUUCAUACUCAUUAUGAAUACUUUCAAUUUCAUCAUGUCGAUACCUUUCAACAUCUACGAUAUUUUCUUUCUGGAAGAAAAGCAUGGAUUCAACAAACAAACUAUGGGCUUCUUCAUCAAGGACAAGAUCAAAGGCUACAUAGUGACUCACCUGAUAGUGUUGCCGUUGACCUGCGGCAUAGUGUGGAUUGUGAAAGUGGGCGGAGACUACUUCUUCAUCUACCUGUGGCUGUUUGCAAUUCUGGCCACUCUGUUCCUGCUCACCAUCUACCCCGAUUACAUCGCGCCGCUCUUCGACAAGUACACGCCUCUGCCCGACGGCGAGCUCAAGACCAGAAUCGAACAGCUGGCCGCCAGCAUUCACUUUCCCCUCUACAAGCUUUAUGUCGUUGAAGGUUCAAAGAGAUCGAUACACAGCAAUGCUUACUUCUACGGUUUCUUCAAGAACAAGCGGAUUGUGCUGUUCGACACUUUGCUGAAAGAUUACACACCAACCAAUGAUAAAUCAAAGGACAAGGAGACGAAGGAAGAGGACAAGAAGGGCUGCGACAAUGAAGAGGUUCUGGCUGUGUUGGGUCACGAGUUGGGCCACUGGAAGCUCAACCACAUGAUCAAGAAUAUCAUAAUCAUGCAGGUGAACAUGUUCCUGUUGUUUGUUGCAUUUGGCUUCCUCUUCAAAUAUCAAGUUCUGUAUAAUGCGUUUGGCUUCUAUGACGAACAGCCCGUGCUCAUAGGACUCACUGUUGUACUUCAGUUCAUAUUUUCUCCUUAUCAUGCGCUACUGAACUUCUUCACGACAAGCCUGAGCCGGCGCUUCGAAUUCCAGGCGGACGCAUUCGCAAUGGGCAUGGGCAAGGCGGUCUACUUGCGACGUGCGCUCAUCAAGCUGAACCAGGACAACCUGGGCUUCCCCGUCUACGACUGGCUCUACUCCACGUGGCACCACUCGCACCCGCCGCUGCUCCAGCGACUCAAGGCCCUCGAGAAGAGUGACUGAUGCUAUGCUCAGUAAGCUCAAAUCCAAAACUGUGUUUGUUGACCGGGUGAAUUUCAAAGGGUGAGUGCGUGACUAAAGUUCCAGAGAUAUUACUUUUAACCGACGAGGAGGAGUAGGCAUGAUGCGCACAAUUGGAUGCUGACACAAAAUUAGGGUGAAUGCUGUUACUGUAGGUAGUGAGAGUGAUUAGUGAAAGAAAGAGCAUCGGGCCUCUCUGUCUUCGAGAGAGAGAGAGAUCCCAGUAAAAAGUAAUAUCUCUCGGACUUUAAGUUCAGGUACCUCAAAAGGUGAAUAUUUUUGUUGUGUCCUUGACUAACUGUAAGUACCCAAGAGGUGAAUAUUUGUGUGCUUGACUAAGUUCAGGUACCUCAAAAUGUUAAUUUUUUUGUUGAGUGAGUGCACCUAGAACAGGUGAAUACUUGAGUUGAAUGUAUGUUGAAGUGAGUUAAUGUGUUGAGUGACUGCACCUAAAAAGGUGAAUUAUUGAGUUGAAUGUAUGAAAUAGUGACGUUUUGUGCUGAGUGAGUGCAACAUCCAAAGAAAGUGAAUUAUUGAGUUGAUUGAGUGCUCCCCAUAGAUGUGCAUUGAGUCAAAUGUUUGACUGAGUGCCCCUGAAAAGUUGGGAAUUAUCUAGUUGAGUGCCUAAAAAGGUGGUGAAUUAUUCAGUUGAAUAUCUGACUGAGUACUGAGUGCUGAGUGCUCCCUCAAAAAGUGAACAAUUAAGUUGAAAGUUGACUGAGUAAACCUCAAAAAGGUGACCUGUUGAAGACUGUUGCUUAGAUGUAAGGUAACGGCUAAAGUGAAGACUGUGCUAUAAUACUGUAAGUCAUGUGAUUCACUUCCAGUCUUUAGUUCUCACUUAAAUAAGUUAUUCCAGUAUUGAUUGAUGGGUAGAUUUUAAAAUGUUUUUGAUUUCUGUCUUGAUUUUUUUUUAAAUCCAUACAUCUUGGACACAACCAUAGAAGUGCACUUCUAUUAUUGUACCACAAAUAAUGAUCCAUAAUAGUAUUCGUUAUAAUAUUGAAAGUUUUGUAGUAGUGUUGAAAUAGAAAAAUAGCAUAUAAUACUAUAAAAAAAGAUUAAAUUCCUUGUUAUUGCGAAAUAGCUGAUAGCACAGUUUAAGUAUAAACUUGACUGCUGUUGGUUAUUAUUCUAAAUAAUGAACUAAAUUUAUUUUCCAAUUAAGAUGCUGUCAUCUGAAUCCUUUCAAACUAUUAAUGAUUUGACAUUCUCUUUACAAGAUUUAGGUUUAUGAUAUACUGAUACUUCUGUAGGCCUAUUACUUAUAAGGCUUGAAACAUAUAUAUUUAUUUGUCUUUAAGCUUUCAUUAGUCAGUCAAUUAUCAUUACUGAAUUGAAUCUUCAUUUAAAAAUCUGCAAUCUCAAAUAGUUAAUGAUAAGAAUUAAUUUCACAGAAAACAUACAUUGUUGUGUUAGAUUUGAAACUUUCCAAAACGACUUAUAAUUCUGUAGAGAUGAAUAAGUUUGUGCAUAAAAUGUAAAUUGAUUGAUGGUGUGUUUUGUUACUGUAUGAAAGUAAACAUUGAAAGUCCAUUGUGAGUGAAUGAGUGAGUGACUACUAGUUAUCAACAUUUUAUAUUGUUGAACCGUAAUGAUUUAUUUAUUCUCAUAGGAGCGAGAUACUAU